AGGCCCAGGGAGACGCGGGGAAACGACCGAUCGCCUGGCGACGAAGCGGUACCUCGAACUUGGCACAUGAAACCGGAACUCCAUUGCAAUCCCCUAGGAAUCCCGGCGGGCGCUUUGUCACCCCCGGUCACCCUCUCGCCGCCCAGCAGCCCGAGCGUGAUCGCAUUGCCACCCUCGCCUUGGAGCCCGGGUGUACCCGGGAGUAGUUCGAGCACCAUCUCCUCGACCAAUGCACCCACGGGCCUUUGUCCACCUGUCCCCGACCGUUUCAGCGCCUUCACCCUCGUCUCAAAUUACAAUCCCGAUCUGAGACUGCAGAGUCUACCUCUCCCAGCCAGCGUCGCCGCGCGAGAGAUGCGUUGCGGCCUGAUGUACGGCGGCUAUGGGUCGUCCAGCAGCGCCUGGUGGGCCCGUCACGUGGGCCUGCUGCUGCCACAUUCCUUGCUACCACCUACAAGAAUCCCAUCCCAACAGACGACACCGGUCACGAACUGCUCGCCCAUUCAUCCGGAACCCCUCAGCCCGGCGCGUCCCGGAUCACCGCGAAGAUGCACGCCCGAGAAGGCUAAAUUCGAGGAGGAGGUGCCGCUGAACCUCAGUACGAAGCCGAGCGACGUCUCGUCGAGUAUCAGCAGGAAAAGUGAAAUCUGGUCGCCGGGUUCGGUGUGCGAGAGGGAGGCCAGGGAAACGAGAGCGCCGUCCUCUACCAGGAGUCCGUCCUCGACCCCUAUAAUUACGCGGCAAAUUCAUCACUCGCCUCUUACACCGCCCUCUUCGACCGAGAGGACUUUUCAAUGUAAGCAGUGCGGCAAAGCCUUCAAACGAUCGAGCACGCUCAGCACUCACCUCCUGAUCCAUUCCGACACGAGGCCCUACCCCUGUCAAUAUUGCGGCAAGAGGUUUCACCAGAAAUCGGACAUGAAGAAGCACACCUACAUCCACACCGGCGAGAAACCGCACAAGUGCGUCGUGUGCGGCAAGGCGUUCUCCCAGAGCAGCAACCUGAUCACGCACAUGCGUAAGCACACCGGCUACAAACCCUUCCAGUGCGGCCUCUGCGACAAGGCCUUUCAGAGGAAGGUCGACCUGCGGAGGCACCGGGAAGGUCAGCACCCGGCGGCGCCGGCGCUCGAUUAUCGCGCUCUACAGGUACCGUCGCAGCCGAACCGGCACUCACCGCCACCGUCGACACCUUCGGGUUACCACAUGAUACCCGUGCCCGGCAGUAGCUGA